GUAAACAAUGUUAAGGCAUACACACCAUCAGUAAAGCAUAGAUAACAUAGAUGUGUAUGUAAAGGAGUUAUCAAAUCUAACCCUGGCACCAAAGAACUAAAACAGUGGGAACAAAAAGGAAUUUUAAAAACAAGGAACAAGUUUCGAUUAUAGACCUCGGAAACAUUAACUGAGAUAAGUAAAACCUAGAAUAUAACGAAAUUAAAGGGAUAAAACAUACAGGUUACAUAAGGACAUACGUUAUGGGCCUCUACAGAUAAAUGAAUAUAUAGCGCACAGCGCUGAUAUAUACGAAGCAAGAAUAUCAACAAAUUCAUAAAACAAUAGCCCAGGGAAGAUGGCAAUCAACUAUGCAUACCCCGUAGAUACAAGAAGCCAUCAGUAUGCUGAUGAUGAUACAAGGCAAUACCGAAGUAAUACACGAGAUAUAAACAACAUGGGAACGAGAAAUAAUGAUACAAGAAUACAUAACAACGCACAAUAUGAUGAUGUGGAAUGCGUAUGCGGAGCUAAACAACAUAUGAACAGAAUACAACAAGAUAUUAAAAGAAAAUAUAAACAAAUAGAUGUCGAUCAUACAAAAAUUAGACAAAGAUACGAGGAAAUUAAAAGGAAAGAAAAGAAGCUACAUGAACUAGAAAAGGAGUUGAAUCUGAGAGAUGAAGAAAUGAAGAGUUAUAAAGCAUACCUACAAGGAAAACAACAAAGCAUAAGCCAUAUGCAACAACAAAAUGAAUCGACACAAAGAAUCCUUAUGAACAGAUUAGAUGAAUGCGCACUACUAGAGGAAGAAUGUAGGAAAAGAUUACAAGAUUAUGAAGCAGGAUUAAAUGAACUAGGAAAAAAAGAAGCUAUGCUUAAAGAUGCAUCAAGAGCAAUCAAUACUAGAAAAGAUGAAAUAGAAAGAAUAGAACAUACACUAGUCAUAGAAACAGAAAGAUUAAAGGGUGUAAGAGAUCAAUGCGCUACAGCAAAAGAACAAGUAACACAAGAAGUUAAACAACAUAAAAGAAAAAUAGAAGAAGAUAUAGAACAAAUAGAGUCGCAAAGAAAAAAAAUUAACGAAAUGGAAAAUAUCUUUAUAGAACAAAAAACAGCAUUUGAAGAUUACGUAAGAUCAAAAAAAAGAGAAUUGGAACAAAGAUUUAAAGAAGUGGCAGAUUCAAAUGAUGCAAACGAAACUAUAGCAUACGAUCUUAAGAAGAAAGAAGAAGCACUCAAUAAAGAAUCGCAACGCAUCAAUAUGGAACAAGAAGAAAUCAGAUUGGCAAGAGAUAAAAUCAAAGCAGAAUGGGAUAAAGUAAACGAGGCACUAGAGGAAAUUAGAAAUGCAAAAGCCGAAUUAAAAAGUAUCAAAAGGGCAUGUACAAGACAUAAGAAAAUGUUAGACGAAGAAAUUGAAAAUCAAAGUAGACAACUGCACAUAUCAACAAACGAACAGUACCAUUCACCAAAUACACAAGAAGCUUACAGAGAUAUCAAACAGGCAGAAUUGGAAUUACAAACAAGAGCGAAACAAGUAGAAAUUGCAGCAGAAGAACUUAGAGCAAAACAAAUCGAACUAACAGAAUAUGCAACACAACUUAAACAAAAAGAACAAAUGCUAAAAGAAAAUGAACGUAAAUUAGAACAGUACCAUAACGCAUUAGAAACGAGAGAAAAGGAACUUGAAGAACUGCAAAAUGAAAUUAUGAACACAAAACAAAAAUCACAAAUAUACGAAACACAAAUGCAAGAAUAUAAAGAACAAAUCGCAAUGCUAGCAAUAGAAAGAAAUAGCCUAGAAGGACAAAAGGCACAAUUCGAAAAACAUAAAAUGGCAAAGGAAGCUGAAUUAAACGCAACAAGACAAAGAUUAGAAAGAAAAGAACAAGAAUUAGAUGCAAAAAUGGCAAGAUAUAGAUCACUACUGGACUCACAACAACUGGAAACAAGAAUAGAAAGUAUGAGAGCAGCGAGAAAUAAUGCAACGAAACAGACAAAUAAACCGUUCUCAAUACAUAACAAGUGAGGCUAAAAUC